AGCACUGCUCAGGCCUGCUCAGGCGCUCACCGUAUACUCAUCAGGCUAGCAGCGCUCAGUGCUUGCUCCAGGCUUGUCCAUUACACAACGUCUGACGUCCCUGUGUACCCAAUCUCCCUCGCGAAUAUCCUUCAAUCGGCGAAGCUUGCUAUUUAUCUUCCAAGACUGCUCAUCGGACGCGGUUUACAGCGUAACAAUGGCUACCACUCGCGCGAAUGACACCGACUUCCGCAAGAAAUGGGAUAAGGAAGAAUAUUCGGAGAAGGCCCGGCAGCGGGAUCAGGAGGAGAAGGAGCGUAUGCAGGAGAAUGAGGAGAGGCUCAAGCAGGGUAAGAAACCGCGCAAGGGCAAGCGUGAUGACCUGCCCAAGCCUACCGAGCUCAUGAAGCGUCGGGAGGGCUCACUCGACUUGGACAAGAACCUGGGCAAGACCAUGGUUGUGCAGAAUGCAGGCACGCGUGGUCCUGGAGUCCCUGGCUUCUACUGUGAGGCAUGCAAUCGCACAUACAAGGAUAGCACAGGCUACCUAGACCAUAUCAACGGUCGUGCACAUUUGCGUGCUUUGGGUCAGACAACACGUAUUGAACGGUCAACCGUAGAGCAAGUCCGCGCCCGAAUUGCGUACUUGCGAGAGAAGACCAAGGAGGCUUCUUCUGCGAAGACAUUUGACUUCGAAAAGAGACUAGCGGAAGUGCGCGAACGUGAGGCUGCACUACGAGAGGAGAAGAAAGCAGCCAAGAAGGCGUUGCGAGAGCGGGCACGCGUGGAACUCGCCAAAGACGCGACUGCACAAGAGCAAAACGGCAUGAUGCAGAUGAUGGGCUUCAGCGGGUUCGGCACGUCCAAAAAAUGACCGCCUCCCGAUAGCUGUAGCAUAGCGCGAAAGCAAAUUGUAUUUCUAGAUGCACAGGAUGUAAUACACUUUUUCU